AUGGACUAUGAAGAGCCUCUUAUCGACAGGAUCCAAAGCACACCAGAGGCGAGUUCAAUUAAUUUUCCACUUGAAUACUUUGCCUUUUGAACUUUGAUGGAAACUGGAAUGCUUUCGAUGUUUCAAAAAGAUUCUGAGAGUUCAUUUGGCAUAAAUCAGUUAUUCGAGAAAAAAUCUUAAAACACAUCAGUCUUCCAAUCGCUACCUUUUUCGAGUCUCUACUCUUGGCUCGAGGAAGUUUUGCAAACGCUCUCAUCUGAUUAAAAUUGAAAGAAAUUGAAUAGAAGGAUUGUAAUUAAAGAGAAGUAAACAAUUAACGAGGAGGUUCAGACUUUUGUCCUCUUUUUCUCGAGCACCGUCAUUGUGAUCGUGGUGGUUGCAGUCGGAUUACUCAUCAAAACGAGGCAACGAAAUAAUUGGUUUGUUGUCUUCCCUCUCAUAACGAAUCAUGUUUGCAAACAAAAUAAUACACAAGCUUAUUUAUCCGGAAAAAUAUGUUGGGAGAAGGAUAAAUUGGAUUUCAUUCGUGUGGCUCAACUGGAUAAACUUGAUUAUUUUUUUUUGUUCAUUGUCAUUAAAAAAAUUGGAGUUUAGCACAGUUUUUUUGAAAAAAAUUCGAAGUGCUACGGCCGCUUUUUGAGUUAGAGCGAUUGACCUUUUUUUGCUUUAACAAGCUUCAAAAAAACUUAAAAUUUUAAAUUUCCAGGUAUGAUCAGAACAUUCUGGACAUGAGCACCGAACCUCCGAUGAGAGUGAGAUGUGCUUCGUUCAACCGGAUGGACACUGAAGACGAUGUUCCUUUUGAACCGUUAGUCUUUCCCUUUUCUUCCUAUUUCGAGAGUUCUGUGGUUCUUUAAAUGAGCCGAAGUUAUUCACGCCACAUUUCGUUUAAUGCUCGCAUUCUGCUUCAAACUGCCCAGAAAGGAAUCCAGCUCGCUUUUCGCUUCAUUACUGACUCUAUUGAAAUGCCUCUGCUCCAUGAUUACGGGGUACUUUUCACCUGCGUCGGCUAUCUGCGACGAUUUACUACGGAGUAAUUUUCUAGGAUCCGUGAGAAAAAUAGUUUUUUUUCUUUUAUUUCGAGUACAAUGGAAAUUUUCUGAAAAAUGAAAACGUUUCAGGGGGAAACCUUGAAAGAGAAAGACAACGAAAAUAUCCGAAAUUCUGAAAAACAGAGUUUCUUGUUUUUCACAACUUUUACGCUUUUUCCAUUCUUUUUUCUUUCAAUAAUGAAGAUCAAAAAAUAAGGAAAUGUCACAUAGAUUUUCUAGCGAAUGAGGCUGCCUUUCAAUUCUAAGAGAUUAUUCAAAUAUUUCGACAUGAGAGCUCGAAUAAGUGGAUUUUCAGAGCAGCAUCGUAUUUGGACCAAAUGAGAGAUCGAAGCGCAUUGUCGCUUCCUCUGCCAAAAGGAGACUUAUCCGGAUUGUUCACCAUACCCCAGGCGAAGAAAAAAAACCGCAGUAUGUUCACCAAUCCACACCAAAACCAACUCGACCGAGGAAUGUAUCAGUGUCAGGUAUGCAGUUCAUGUAACCGAAUUUUUCUGUAUCUUUGUAUUUCAGGUAAUUUGCAAUUUUUCGUUAUAUUGAUGUGCUCGUCAGGCAUUUUUAUACAUAAAAAGAUGUCAUUGCAUAAAAAUUUUGCAAAUUGAAGUUUGAUGAAUUUCUAGUUAUUUUCGUCAACUUGUUUAUCGAAAGUUUCGAUCUACCAAAGUCAAGUUCUGAAUAAAUUCAUCUAUCUACAUUUUUCCAAUGCAAUAUUCCUAGAUGGCUGACGAGUCCGCGUGUAGUUCAAUGACAAUGGUCUCCACUGGAUCUAUGCAUCUCAGCGUCCACCACGAUCCAAACCUCAGCCUUCUGACCGUUUCUCUGAAACAAGCGAUCGACUUGCCAUCCAAAAGGGAUGAAGAUAACCCUAAUCCGUACUUCCGUGUUGCUCUGGAGGUAGCUCACCCACCAAAGCAAUAAGACACCGUAAUUUUAAAAGGUACCGGAGGCAAGUGUUCCAAAAGUUGAGCAUCAGACAAAGACGUUCACUUCUACUUCUUCGCCUACUAUUGAAGAAGAUUUCUGUUUCCAGGUGAAUUUGAAGAUUUAACAGAAAGAAUAAUUUUUUUUCGAAAAUUUUGUAGUGCUCAAGAAGAGGGUUGUGAUAUGCUUUUUUCAAAAUAAUGUUCAAGAAAAUUCAGCAUCUAAGCAUUCUUCUCCUGAAAAUGAUAGGGAGUAUUGCAGAUUGGGAAGUUCAUAACUUCUUCUUAAAAAACCAUACAGAGAUUCGACCAAUAUUCAGAAAUGUCAAAAAAGGCUGAAUAAUGAUAAAAGUGUUUUGUAUUUUUCUUUUCAGGUGACCUCAGCUCAGCUGUCGCAGUGCCGUCUAGAGAUCAUGGUCUAUGACUUCGACCAAUUCAGGUUUACCACUUUAUGAAGAUAAAGACAAUCUGAUUUGUUUUUGACGUUGAAAAAAAAAAUUGCUUCAAUAUUUACCGAUAUAUUUGUAUCAAUGUUCAGAAAAAGCUCUCCCUUUCAAAAAAAUUUGUAUAUAAUUUUUUUCUAGAAUCACCACAGCUUCGAGCCACAGCUGAGAAGUUAUGAAUACUAAGUUUUUUUGAAUCCAUUUUCUUAAGUUUGAAUAAAAUGAAGAUUUUUUUGCAUAGCUAACCAGUUUUCCUAUGUCUCUCCGCCAAUUCUUCUGCUGUCGAGUUGACUUGGAUAGGACUACUCAGCUCAAAAAUAUAAACCAAGCCUACACCAAAUGCUAUGUUUUUGGCCAAUCGGAAAGUUUUCAUUUUAGUGUAGACGAGUGCGUCGGCUGCUGUUGGUUGACUCUUGGAAGACUUAACGUUUCUCUCGAUCAAAACGCUCCAACUGUUUUCUGGGCGGAGGUCCUUCCAUUUGAUGAAAAUGAAGGGGUAACAUAGUGACGUCAUUAUUCUUCGUAUGAAAACGAUUUCCAGAAGGGUCACGGCGAGCUUCUCAUCUCACUGGCAUAUCUUUCCCAUGCGCAACGACUGUCACUGAAUAUUUUCAAAGUGCGCAAUAUCCGUCGAAACGAAGGAAGUAGGCUCGAAUGCACAAUGAGAAGAAGCCGAAAUCCCGAUUUCAGACAUUUGCUUACGAGUCACACUGCUCAGUGGAAUUGAGAAAAAGCUGAAGAGAAAGAAAACUUCUUCCCGAAAACUGACGCGUAGUGUGCAGUUCAACGAGUCGCUCACAUUCAGCAUUCCGAAACACACUCUUUGUGACGUUCUGCUCGAAAUUGAGGUUUCCAAUUUUAAAAGAAGAUUGAUCAACUAUCAAUAGGCUGAUUAUGAAAUAAAAAAUUCGAUUGCAACAAUUUUCGUUGAAAAUAUAGAUUCUGCGGAAAAUAUAUGGAAAUACGUCUCCCCCCUUUUUUAGAUGUAAGAACACAAAAACCUUUGAUUGCUGAAAUCGGAGAAAUUCUCAAUGUGUAUAGCCCUAAUAAUUGUCGCAAAUGGGACCGUGGGAAAUUUUUUUCGGAACACAUUUCCAGAAAAUCAAAAGGGAACAUUACUUCCCAGAAGUAUGAGGUAAUUUUUCUUGACAAGACUCAUAAAGUUGAUUGCUGUAUCCGUAGUUCGCAAACUUUUUCUUGAGGUGCAUUUUCGGAAACUUCUGACAAAAAAGAGAAUAAAGAAGAUGCUUUGAAUAUUUCAGCUUGUACUUGAAACGGGUACGUUUGGUAUGGCAACACAGACGUUGGCGAGGCUCCAACUUCCUCUUCACAAGUUUGUUUUGUGCCGUUUUUCUCAAUCUAAAACACAAAACCAAAAUUUGAACAUACAUCAAGACUUGUUUGGAGUCAAUAUCGCAACAUCAGUAACAAUGCCCGGAUACAUAAGGAACACGUCAUUGUUGUAUCAGCUUUCCGUUUCACAGUUUUCAUUUCGUUUUUUUUGCUUGUGUUAAAGCGAGAAAGGAAAAAAUGAAGUUCGAGGAGAUUUGGUCAGUAAGAAAUGUGUUUGAGAUUAAAACGUUUUUCGCGAAGUUUUUAUCGAGUACCAGAGGGUUAACUUAAAAGUUCACAAACACCCUUAGUUCUUUUAAGAAAGUUUUGUAGCACUCGAGCAGCUUCAAAAACAGAGUAGUCAUUAAAAAAGAAAACUAAAAAAGUUUUCACAGUAAUUUCAAAGUUUGAGGGUUCUAUGAAAUUUAGGGUAUUUUUUUGGAAAUGACAGGUCCCUUUAGAAAGAAAAUUUUUCUUGAAGAUCGAGCAAGUUUGGUACUUGGUUAGAACCUUAUCUAGCACGGGGACACCAUCACGCUUGACGACAUAAUUACUGUUUCAGGUGCAAAGAUCUCUGGAGAGCAAUUAUCCGAGAAGAGAAAUCGCAAGCGCGGUGGCACUCAUUUGAGCAACCAUAA